CGAAGACUUCUAUGUCGUCCAACAGCUGAGUCAGAAUUUGGCUGCUCAAUAAUAGCCUGCCAAACCUUGAAACAGAAUGACUGUAUUUAGAUGCAUAUAUAGUCCGAUCCUAUUAUCUUCCUUCCUUUAGCUUCGUUGGUUCUGACGCAUAUUGUUUUUGAUACAAAACUGUUUUAAUUACCUUGGAUUAAUUAUAUUGCACGCCCACACUAAUUAGACAAAGAGAUUGAUCAGUGUCGUCAAUGCUUUCAAGGUUCUCAGUGAUCCACAUUCAAGUUUAUUAUUAAGCAGGGUAGCCAGCUCGAUUGUAGAAGUGGGGUGUCUGGUCUUGGUAUAAUGAGUAAGCGUAUCAAAGACAAUGAAGCGGACAUCAGCAGCGGACCUUCAUCGAACCAACAAACUAAUUCAGCUGAGAGAGUGUUGCCGCAGCAGCAGCAGCAGCAGGCAUAUCAAGUUCAUAAGGUUGGAGAGCCUGCGAAGCCACAACUUUUUGAGGAAUUCAGUGCCAUCAUGAAGGAAACUUUCUUUUCGGAUGAGCCCUUGCGUGCUUUCAAAGACCAAACAAAGAGGAGGAAGUUGGUUCUCGGUCUUCAAGCUCUCUUCCCGAUAUUUGGGUGGGUGAGGGAUUACAACCUUUCUAAACUCAGAGGAGACGUCAUCGCUGGAUUUACCAUUGCAAGUCUCUGUAUUCCUCAGGAUCUUGGAUAUGCAAAGCUUGCCAAUCUGCCCAGUGAGAAUGGCUUAUACAGUAGUUUCGUACCACCGCUUAUUUAUGCGUUCAUGGGUAGUUCAAGGGACAUUGCAAUUGGACCGGUGGCCGUCGUGUCUCUGUUGCUUGGGAGUUUGGUGCAGAAUGAGGUUGAUUAUAAAACGGAUGCAGAUGACUAUCUGCGCCUAAUGUUAACUGCUACAUUCUUUGCCGGAGUCACACAACUUACUUUAGGAUUUCUCAGGUUGGGAUUCUUGAUUGAUUUUCUAUCUCAUGCUUCCAUUGUUGGAUUUAUGGGCGGAGCUGCCAUUACCAUUUCCCUUCAGCAGCUUAAAGGGUUACUUGGCAUCAAGAUAUUUACCAAGAAACCUGACAUUGUUUCCGUUAUGCGUUCAGUAUUUUCUGCAGUACAUCAUGGGUGGAACUGGCAAACUAUACUAAUAGGAGUCUCCUUCUUGGCAUUUCUUCUGUUGACGAAGUACAUCGGAAAAAAGAACAAGAAACUAUUUUGGGUGCCUGCAAUUGCACCUUUGAUCUCAGUUAUCCUGUCUACCUUUUUUGUUUAUAUCACCCGUGCAGAUAAGAAAGGUGUUGCAAUUGUGUAUAAAAUAAGGCCGGGCGUAAACCCACCUUCCGCUCAUUUAAUUUAUUUCACUGGAGAGAAUGUUAUGAAAGGCUUCAGGAUCGGUUCUGUGGCCGGUAUGGUAGCAUUGACGGAAGGUGUAGCAAUCGCGAGAACGUUUGCUGGGAUUAAGGACUAUGAGGUUGAUGGAAACAAAGAAAUGGUGGCAAUGGGAACCAUGAACAUUAUUGGUUCUUUCACAUCCUGCUAUGUUGCCACCGGCUCCUUUUCUCGCUCAGCUGUCAAUUACAUGGCCGGCUGCCACACAGCGGUCUCAAACAUCGUCAUGUCUUUGGUGGUCCUCCUCACGUUGGAACUCAUCACACCCAUUUUCAAGUACACCCCCAACGCCAUUCUCGCUUCCAUCAUUAUUUCAGCUGUGCUGGGACUGAUCGAUUUUGAGGCCAUGAAACUCAUCUGGAAGAUUGACAAAUUCGACUUUGUUGCUUGCAUGGGAGCCUUCUUCGGUGUGGUUUUCAUUUCCGUUGAGAUUGGCCUGUUGCUUGCCGUCUCCAUUUCAUUUGCCAAAAUCCUCUUGCAAGUCACAAGACCAAGAACCACGCUGCUAGGAAAGCUCCCCAGGACUAAUGUGUACAGAAACAUCCAGCAGUAUCCCCAUGCCACACAGAUUCCCGGGAUUCUCAUUAUUAGAGUUGAUUCUGCAAUUUACUUCUCCAACUCGAACUAUAUUAAAGAGAGGAUUUUGAGAUGGGUAACAGACGAAGAAGAACAACUAAAGGAAAAGAGUCUACCCAAAAUCGAGUACUUGAUCGUAGAAAUGUCACCUGUCACUGACAUAGACACAAGUGGAAUUCAUGCCUUGGAAGAGCUCUACAGGAGUCUUCAGAAGAGAAAGAUCGAGCUUGCUUUAGCAAAUCCUGGCACAGUAGUCAUUGACAAGAUUCAUGCAUCGGAGUUUGUCGAUUUGAUUGGAAAGGGCAAGAUUUUUCUUUCAGUUGCAGAUGCCAUUCUUACAUUUGCCCCCCAUCAUGAAGAACCUUGAUUUACUCCAACAAACAAGACAGGGUUAUCCAAGAACUAUAUUUUUCGUUUCCUUCUCCUCCUUCCUUUUCUGUCUAAAGUAAGAUGGCUAGGGGUCACUUUCUUUUUCCUCUCUUUUUGUAUGCUGUAUUUUUCUCUUUUUUCUGGGUCAUCUUCCGACCUUCGCACACAAUGUAUAUGCAAUCUGUCUUAGUUUUUUUCUUGUUCUUUUUCCUUGCGAAUUCAGUUUUCUUGCAGUUUGUUUUCUUCUGCGGAAGCACUUAUAUGCUGAACAAUUUAAAUGACAAGCAGUCCAAA